AUGAGGAUCGCUAUACUCACUUCAGGCGGCGACAGCGCUGGUAUGAACGCUGUCGUGCGCGCAGUGGUCAAAACCGGUAUUCUCAAAGGAUGCGAAAUGUAUGUUGUCCGGGAAGGCUACGAAGGCCUCGUUCGCGGAAACAACGAGCACGCCGAACAGCAGGCGAAGAAUGUCGCCGCCGAAACAGAAGCAGAAGUUGAACGAGAGGUCAAGGCAACCUAUGAAGCCCCUCACGGCCAGCCAGCUGUUAAUUUACUCCACAACUUGCGAUUCGGCGAUGGCGAGCUGCUGAAAGACGGUACUUGCGAGUUUGUUGGAGGGAGAACACUCAAGGGUCGUUACAUUGUACGCGUCGGAUGGGAUGACGUACGGGGCUGGUUCUCGCAGGGAGGUACUCUCAUCGGUACUGCACGUUCCAUGACCUUCAAAACCGUCGAAGGACGAGAAGCAGCAGCCCACAAUCUAAUCAGAGAAGGAAUUGACGCUUUGGUCGUCUGCGGAGGAGACGGUUCCCUAACGGGAGCAGAUGUUUUCCGACGCGAAUGGCCAUCUCUCAUUGCCGCUUUGAAAGAAAAAGGCCUCGUCUCUGAAGACCAAGCCAAGAAGCAUGCUCAUCUCAAGAUUGUCGGACUGGUGGGCUCCAUUGAUAACGACAUGUCAAUGACCGACUUGACGAUCGGUGCUCCGACUGCCCUCCAACGCAUUUGCGAAGCCAUUGACAACAUCAACUCUACGGCCUACAGCCAUUCCCGUGCCUUUGUUAUCGAAGUCAUGGGUCGGGAUUGUGGAUGGCUGGCUGCAUUGGCUGGUGUCGCUGGAGGAGCAGACUUUAUCUUUAUUCCUGAACGUCCGCCUACAGCGAUGCCUUGGGAGGAUGACAUGUGUGCCCAAAUUCAUCGCCACCGUGAAGUAGGCAAACGAACCACGAUUGUCCUUGUUGCAGAAGGCGCACAUGAUUCGGAUUUGAAUCCAAUCAAACCAGAAUAUGUCAAAGAUAUUCUGACCGAGAGACUAGGCCUCGAUACCAGGGUCACGACAUUAGGCCAUACGCAGCGAGGUGGACGCCCCUGUGCUCUGGACCGAAUUCUGGCAACCCACCCUCCAGGGAGUAGAAGCAAUCGAUGCCUUGUUGCAAUCCACGGAAGACACCCCUUCAUACAUGAUCGGUUUGCACGAGAACAAGAUCGUGCGAGUACCUCUAAUGGAGGCGGUCGAACAGGCAAGCCUUUUCCAGACCCGCCAACAAGGGCCGUGAAGGCCAAAGACUACGAAAAGGCCCUGGAACUUCGUGGCUCGGAAUUCAAGGAGAUCCUGGAUGGAUUCUUUGCGACCUCGAUGCUAGCCGAGGAGUCGGCCAAACUCCCCAAGGAGAAGAGGAUGCGGAUUGGAAUCAUCCAUAUGGGUGCUCCUGCUGGAGGUAUGAACGCAGCCACUCGAGCCGCAGUGCGUUACUGCAUCCGCCAAGGACACACCGCGCUGGCGAUUCACAACGGAUUCCGUGGUCUCCUCGACGGCAAUAUUGAUCAGCUCUCGUGGCUCGGAGUUGACGCCUGGACUCCUCGUGGAGGGUCUGAACUUGGUACCAAUCGUGCUCUUCCUUCGACUGAUAUUGGUGGGGUUGCGGCCAAAUUCCAAGAGUACAACUUGCAGGGUCUGCUCAUCAUUGGAGGCUUCGAAGGUUUCACUGCCCUGCUUCAGUUGGAAGAAGGCAGGAAACAUUAUCCCGCCUUCCAUAUCCCUAUGGUGCACCUUCCUGCGACGAUCAGUAACAAUGUCCCGGUUACUGAAUACAGUAUCGGAAGUGACACCAGUUUGAAUGCCCUUGUCGAUGCCUGUGAUGCUAUCAAACAGAGUGCUAGUGCUAGCAGAGAUCGCGUGUUCGUUGUUGAAACGCAAGGAGGAAAAUGCGGUUACAUCGCGACCAUGGGUGCACUGGCUGUUGGCGCCAGUUUAGUCUAUACCCCCGAAGAGGGCAUCACCCUCGACAUGCUUCGACGGGAUGUUAGAUUCUUGAAGACCCGCUACAGCCUGGAUCCACCCGGCAAAAGCGAAGGUCGUCUUGUCAUUCGUAACGAGGCUUCCUCUUCCGUGUAUACCACCACUAUGAUCACCAAGAUGUUGCAAGAAGAGGGUGGAUCUCUCUUUGACGCCCGAUCGGCAUCCUUGGGACAUACACUCCAGGGAGGUAUUCCUUCGCCCAUCGAUCGCGUUCGCGCGGCUCGGUUAUCACUCAAGUGCAUGGUCUUCCUCGAGCAACAUCACAACCGACUCCUUGGUCAAAAGCACCGACAGGCACCUCCAGAAUCCGCUUCGGUUAUUACUGUGCAAACGAGCUCUGUUAAGAUGGUCCCUGUACAAGAGAUGGUGAAACAUGCAGAUAUGGUGAACCGCCGGGGCAAGACCGCCUGGUGGUUCGGGGUGAAACACUUGGAAGAGCAAUUGGCUGGCAAGCCUCAGUUCCUGGGUCUGCACAAGUCUCCCGAGUAUCAAGCGAGCGUGAGUGGAUACGCCAAAAUGUAA